AUGUCCGCGGGCGCGUCGGGCGUCCUCCACGAGUGGGCGUCGACCGGGCGCCGCGCGGGUCCGGCGUUCGCGCGCGCUCAUCCGCGAUCCCGCGCGUCUCCGUUUCGCCGUCUCGCGCCGCGGCGCGGCGCCGCGGUCGUGGUGGGCACCGGGUUGUUCUCGUCGGGUGCGUCUUGGAACCCCGCGACGGAUCUCGCGCUCGAGACGAACUACGACCUGUACAUGCGCCCCGGGGACGUCGAGUACAACACCACGAUCGAACGCGAGGUUUACGACCACGUCGUCGGGAAGGCGGCGAACAAGCUCGUCACGCAGCGCGAGUACGGCCUGGACGAGGACCACCGCGCGCCCCUCGUCGGCUUCAUCGCCGAUCUCGCGAACGAACGUCAUACGUCCUCCGGGGACCCAACCGCCUCUGGCACCGACGUCCUCCUCGCGCUCGUCCCGCACCUCGUCGCGGACGGGUUCCAGAUCGCCGUGCACGUCUCCCCGGGGGACGAGCGCCUCGAGGCGCUCGUGCGCGCACUCGCGGCGACACACCCCGGCCGCGCCGCGGGCGCGGUGGUCGCACGACGUGACAGCUGUGAAUCACCGAAAUCGAACGACGUCGCCGACGACGACGCCGCGCGGCGCCGCGUCCUCGCGGGUGCCGACCUGUUGGCCGUUCUCGGGCGGGGACCCGACGUUGCGGACGCGAGAGCCGUCGCGUGCCGAUACGGCGCGGUGCCCGUCUCUCGCGGAAAGAGUGGGUGGGGGUUAUCGCGGAGCGUGCCGUGGAUACGAAACGCGAUCAAAGGUAAAAGGAAAAAGGACGGGUUCGUGUACGACGCCGACGCCGACGUCGACGGCGCGAGAGCCGCGUUCGCGGAAGCAGCCGCGUCGUUCGGAGACGAAAACGAGUGGGCGACGAUCGUGGCCGGGGUGAUGGAAGAGACGAGGAGGUGAGCGCGAGGAAGAGGAUGAGAGCGAUGAGGAGGAGGGCGAGAGGGCGAGGGCGAGGGCGAGAAAAAGGAGGAUAUGACAGUCUAGGGAUCGUCGUAACACAGUCUAGCAAGGGAUCGUGAC